UAGAUGUGCCAUGGACGGAGAGAAAAAUACCACGAAAUGAAGAUCAUCGAUAAUAAAUUAUAGGCCAUGAGAUAUCAAGUUUAAUUUAUGAGACCAAACACCUGCUCGGCACUGUACUGUAUGUGUGUAAUCUGGGUGUAGUGGCACUAUGGGCCGGUAGAAGAAGACUCAACAUUAGUUAGCAUUACCAGUAUGCUAGCUGAAGAGCAACUGUUGUGUCAAGGAUUCAUGACCUACAUUAUACACUCAAAGUGAGACCUCACCAUGUCUCAGAUGGAGAAGAAGGCAGGUUUGCUGAGGAGGACAUCAUCCUCCAAGAAACCGCUGAAGGAAAAGGUGGUGUUGAUGUAUGAUGAGAUCUUUGCAAAAGAGGACCCAGCUAAGAAUAACCCUCGCUUCUGGGAUGAGUUGUUUCUAAUGAAGGUGAACUUGGAGUACCUGGAGUCGAAGCUGGAGAGUGUGGAUGGCGAGGAGGUGCAACGGAUCCAGGACAACAUCAAUUCGCUCUUCCAUCACAGUGUUCUGGCUCUCGGAGAGGAACAUCAGAUCAAAGUGGUCAAUGCUCUGCAGACUCUCUGCGCACUUUUCAGAGGAGUUCAUCAAAAGAACAAGUCGGCGUCUGGCUUUGACAUCAUUAAUAUGCUUGUGGGCUUUGACAAGGCCGAGCAAAGGAUGAAGGAUUUAAUGGAAAGACUGGACAGCCUCCUUUGUGGAGAUGGGUCAGAGAGUCUGAAGAGCCUUUGUCUCAAACUUCUGCUGUGUCUGGUGACGGUAACUGACAAUAUUAGUCAGAACACGAUCUUGGAAUAUGUGAUGAUCAAUAGUAUCUUUGAAGCCAUUCUGCAGAUUCUUUCUGAUGUGUCCAGCAGAGGGCAGCAUGGUUAUGACGCCGUCGUUCUUCUCGCCCUUCUGGUCAAUUACCGGAAGUAUGAGUCUGUAAAUCCAUAUAUUGUGAAGCUCUCCAUUGUGGAUGAUGAGCCAACAUUGGAUGGAAUGGGCCUUGUUGUCCACCACGCGCUAACAGAAUAUAACAGACAGUACAAAGACAAAGAGGAAGAGCACCAGGGUGGCUUUUUCUCCACCCUCACAAGUAUGGUGGGCAGCAUGUUUAUUGCAGAUGCAGAUGAGAAGCUCUCUGUUCAGACCAAUGAAGCAAUUUUGCUGGCACUGUAUGAGGCCGUGCACCUCAACCGCAACUUCAUUACUGUAUUAGCACAGAGCCACCCUGAGAUUGACAUUGUAGCUACACCCACUAACCAAUCUCAGAACACACCAACAACGCCGCUUGGCACGACGCCGCCCUCUCUAGACAUGAUGAACAACCCAGAGCUGCCACUGGAUCCCAACCUGCAGACAAGUAACCUUCUCAUCACUUUCCUCAAAUACGCCUCUAUCGUCAUGCAGGAUACGAAAGAUGAGCAUCGACUCAACAGUGCCAGACUGUGCCUAAUCAUCCUCACAUGUAUAGCCGAGGACCAGUAUGCUGAUGCCUUCCUGCAUGACGAUAAUAUGAACUUCAGAGUCAGUCUGCAUCGAAUGCCCAUGAGGCAUAGAAAGAAAGCCGUGGAGAAGAACAUCCCUUCUCUGCCCCUGGUGUGUGCAGUUUUAGAUCUGAUGGUGGAAUUUAUUGUCACACACAUGAUGAAGGAUUUCCCCAUGGAUUUAUACUUGCGCUGUGUUCAGAUCAUUCACAAACUUCUCUGCUACCAGAAGAAGUGCAGAAUCAGGUUACACUACACUUGGAGAGAGCUAUGGUCAGCACUUAUCAACCUGCUCAAGUUUCUGCUGUCAAAUGAAACCACAUUGCUGGCCAAGCACAACAUCUUUCAUCUUGCACUACUGGUGGUAAACCUGUUCAACAUGUUCAUCACAUAUGGCGACACAUUUCUUCCCGCUUCUAACAGCUAUGAUGAGCUCUACUAUGAGAUUGUACGAAUGCACCAAGUGUUUGACAACCUCUACUGUAUGGUGUUGAGAGUGUCAACAAACACCGGCCAGUGGAAGGAGGCUGCGAGUAAAGUCACACAUGCUCUUGUUAAUGUUCGGGCAAUCAUCAACCAUUUUAACCCGAAGAUUGAGUCGUAUGCUGCUGUGAACCACAUCUCGCAACUGUCAGAGGAGCAGGUGCUGGAGGUGGUGCGCUCCAACUAUGACACCCUGACACUCAAACUGCAGGAUGGUUUGGACCAGUUUGAGAGAUACUCGGAGCAGCCCAAAGAAGCGUCUUUCUUUAAGGAGCUGGUGCGCUCCAUCAGCCUGAAUGUGAGGAAAAACGUAUCUUUGAACACCCUGAGUCAGGAUGUGCUUCUCAAAGAGUUCUCCACCAUCUCCUGAGAAGCUUUCCCAUCUCCAGGCAAUCUCUCCUGUCCUUCAUUUCACUUUGUGUGGCUUGGACUGCAUCUCUGUUUGCAACACACCAGACUAAACACUCCUGAAGACGUUUGGCACUACCGUACUGAAUGUCUUAAUUUGUUGGUAUCAUCCAUGUAAUGGUCAAGCUGUGAGUUUGCCCACUCAUUUGUGCACAUGCAGGACAGGAGACGAUUGUCAUCUGAGAAUUUUACACUGUGGCCGCCCUCUUGGGGAGACCUGCAGCUGUCUGCACAAAUGAUAAAGAGCCGAGGUGAAAGGAGAAAGCCCCAUGGGGAAACUGGAUUUGAGGUGAUGGUCUUUCGACGUGUGACCAUUCACAUCACCUCCUGAAUUCUGUCUGUUAGGAAGUUCAAACGCAACAAUAAAAGCUGCUCUGGUAGAUUCAAAUCAAA